AUGUUCCCGGAUAGAGUAGGCCGACUUGUCCUGGAUGGUGUUGUUGAUGCUGAUCAUUAUGUUGCUCCUAUUUGGCUCGAGAGUCAACGAGAUGCAGACAAGGUGUGGUCAUCUUUUUUCAAAUACUGCCACGAGGCGAAAUCUGCGUGUCAAUUCUACAGGGAGAACGACAAAGUAACAGAUAUCGAGGAAAGGUUCGAGUCUUUUAUGGAGAGACUGAAAGAGAACCCGAUAUCUGUUAUUUCAAAGGACGUCUUAGCACCCUUUCUCGUGACCUAUUCAGACGUCAAAUAUCAAAUUUUCCUGAUGCUCUACGCUCCUCUGUACGGAUUCCGAGCUGCCGCUGAAUUGCUUGAUGCCCUGGAACGCAACGGCGAAGAUUGGUUUGAUUUUAUUCCAACACAUCCGUCGUACGAUCUCGGGCUCGUUUUGACAAGAAGUAACCACUCAACCACACAUACUCUGAGAUUGAGAGCAUGUUCGAAGACAUGGAAGCCCAAUCACAACAGCGCAGACCCCGUUACACCAUUAUUCGCAGGAGUAAAAAUGGCCACAAAAUUCGUGGACGCGGGGUUCUUUGAACAAGAAUCGAAGGAACAUUGCACUAUAGCUGUGAAAUCCAGAUGUACCAUUGAGAAAGUCAGGGCGUAUUUUCGAGAGGGAAAAGUUCCCGAUGCUCCAAGACUCAAAGGGAAUGGAUCAGAUUUGCUUGACGGGGAGUGGGAAAAGUGUCCCGCUGAUGAAUGGCCAUGGCACGAAUAUCAACCAAGUGCUCGUGUAGCAAGCGAGGUAGAGGCAGCAGAAUUGGAGCGAUUAGAUGCAUGGGGUGGUAUCCGGGAAGCUUUUGCACAAAUUGAUCUUUGGGUGCGAGGGAGUUAG